CUGUACAGUCGUCUCGUAAGCCUGUAAGCCGAGCCCUACAUUGACAGCUGACGCUGUUAAAAUGUUACUUGGGCUAUUUUAACAUAGCCCCUCUUAUAUUUUUCGACGGAUUAAAAUGCUUCUUGUGCGGUUUUUGAUAUUGCUGUGGUAGAAUUUUGACAGCAACGGCGGCUGUUGCGUUAUCGACGCGAGCUGCGUCGGUCGGGGGGAAUAUUUGGUUGAUAAUUGGGGUGGGGUGGCUGUAGCCCCAGCGAUUUAUUUGAUAUGUGUCGUUAAAUGGGUUUAUAUCACGAUUAUUGGAAAUCAGAACCCACCAACGGUGCAUAAACUCCGUGAGGUAUUCGUGCGUUUCCUAUUUUCGUGCUUGUAGCGUCGUGUUACGCCCCAGCCUGUCCUCGUGCCAGCUGUAUCGAAAGGCUAGGAGAAAGCUGGAUAUUACACUGCGUAGCGCUACCAUCAACAUUAGCCUCUGCAAGGAAACCUAAUCAUGGGGAAUACGACCUCUUGCUGCGUAUCGUCCAGCCCGAAGCUUCGGAGAAAUGCUCACUCGAGGCUGGAGCCGUACCACCCGGAGCCGGAGCUUCCUCGGGACGACACUGGGGGCAAUCUUCAACACAUCAGCGAUAGGGAGAACAUUGACGAUCCAAACAUGGAGUACAACCCCUCUGACCAUCCACGUGCCAGCACGAUCUUUCUCAGCAAGUCUCAGACAGAUGUUGCUGCUCCCAAUAAAAAAGUACGGGAAAAGCGGAAAAGCCUAUACAUUAACCAUUUAACACACAUCUCGGAGUCCAAGCAUGCGGCUGCCCCCUUGAGACGCAAGUACAGCUCUUGUUCAACCAUUUUCUUGGAUGACAGUACCGUCAGCCAGCCCAACCUCAAGUACACCAUCAAAUGUGUAGCCCUUGCAAUAUACUACCAUAUAAAGAACAGAGAUGUGGAUGGUAGGAUGGUAUUAGAUAUUUUUGAUGAAAAACUCCAUCCUCUUUCAAAAUCGGAGGUGCCGUCAGACUAUGAGAAGCAUGACCCCGAGCAGAAGCAAAUCUACCGGUUUGUGCGGACACUGUUCAGUGCGGCUCAGCUCACAGCUGAGUGUGCCAUUGUCACAUUGGUCUACCUUGAGAGGCUGCUGACAUAUGCAGAGAUUGACAUAUGUCCUGCUAACUGGAAGAGGAUUGUUUUGGGUGCCAUACUUUUGGCCUCCAAGGUAUGGGAUGACCAGGCAGUCUGGAACGUGGACUAUUGCCAGAUUCUAAAGGACAUCACCGUUGAAGACAUGAAUGAGCUGGAGAGGCAGUUUUUGGAGCUGCUUCAGUUCAAUAUCAAUGUGCCGUCAAGUGUCUAUGCCAAGUACUACUUUGACCUGCGCUCGCUGUCGGAGGCCAACAACCUAAGCUUCCCACUGGAGCCCCUUAGCAGAGACAAGGCACAGAAGCUUGAGGCCAUCUCUAGAUUGUGUGAUGACAAAUACAAGGACUUGAGAAAAGGCGCCAAGAAGCGAUCAGUCAGUGCCGAUAACCUAACAGUGGUCAGAUGGUCCCCUGCCAUCAUCUCCUAACAACCAGAGACCUUGGGACAGAUAGCCAGAACAUGUGAGGGGGGCAGGGGCUACAAGAGGCAUCAGACUCGUCCCAGGCACGGGCAGGUCUCUCGGUUAAAGGGAUGCCUUUCCUGCUUAGAUACACCACUCUUGAUCAGAGCCUGUGCUGCUCUCCUAGAGUGGGGACUCCUCCCCCUCUUACUCUAAGGGUUUUCCUACCAUAAGUAUUACAGUUUGUGUCUCACUGUACAUAAGAGAUGGUCCAUCACUUCCCUCCUCCUCCAUUUGCUUCUCUUUCUGUUCCUCCUCUUUAUCCUCCUCCAUCUGGACAGCAUAAAGUUUGGUUUUGAAGAAGGCAUCCCAGGUUGGGAAGGACAGCACCACUAGUCAGUUGCCACGAAGGACAAGGUCAAGGACAUUUGAAGAGGACGUGUAAAGACCAAUUUUUGCAAAGCCACCCACCAAGUAAUCGGAGCAGUCCCCUACUACUAGGAGCACCAUUCCAACAGUGCAGUCAAUCAUAUAUGGCUUCCUGCUGUUGCUUUGAUUGAUAUUUAAUAGCUACCUAUAAUUUUACAUUCCUUUUGAUUCUAGUGGCUUUUCAGUAACAUUGACUCAGCAUGAGAUGCGCUUCGAAGACAGCACUCAUGUUUGAAACCAUUAAGCCUGGACAUGGUGGUCAAUGCUCCUUCCUAGAAUUCCCACUAUUUAGAAGAUCCAUCUUGUUUUAUUUUUCUACGAUUCUAAUCCUAUUUUUGGUCGGAUGUCAGUCAAGGUGCAAAUGUUUUCAUCAAGCUAAAAGUUUGCCCCAGAAACCCAACUAAAGUCAGCUGAGCAGGAGUACGGGGCUUUCUCAUCUACAUGAGCAUCAACUUUUUGGAGAAGGGACUUAUUCUGGUCUUUGAAUGGCAAAACAACAUGUGAAGCACACAGAGACAGCAGAAUCAUUCCUCUCCUUCAUACAGAUUGCAGUUGUGUACGCUGUAGGCUUUUAAGGUGCUUUAUUAGGUGCCCUCUCUCUGACCAGCAGUCAUCAGCAUAGUGGGGAGUCCCUGGGAUCCUUGGGUUUGUGAACCGUUUUCAGAAAGAGUCAUCUUUGAAGCAGAGAAGGAUGGAGUAUGGAAGGGAAAGAAGGUCAAAAGUCACAUUACUAUUGGCAAACACAGAUACCAUCAAGUGGAAAGACCUACACAUAUUAUCAUUAUUAAUUUUGAUCUUUACAUUUUAAGAUAUUUAGAUAUUCUUUCAGUGAAUCUACAUGCAGUGACUUAAACCAAGGCCAUCAGGAAAUGACUUGUACAUUAGAUUUUUUUUUUUUUUUUUUUUAAGAUUAGUAAGAUGUAGCCUUCGGUAGAGGACUCUAGUCUUCAUUACUGGUGAAGUCUUGUGCUGCUAACCAACUAUUUGGAUUAGGGCAGAGAUAAGGCCCAAAGUGGCUGAAGAGAUGGGCUGUGCAGCAUUUGUCUGCUCUGCCAUGUUAUGUCCUUAAACUCAAAAGGCCUGAGUUGACUGAAUUUCAUUUCUGUUUUAUUUCAAAAGAAACGAUUUAGAUUGAAAACAUGUUAUGAAAAUGAUGAGUUGGCACGUGAGGUCUUAAAAGAAGUUUCAUGUCACCAUUUUUAUUUCCAAAUGAACUGGAGCUCGUACACUAAACAGAGAUGGUCCAUGCAUCACAGUGUAAAUGGACUUAGAAUAUUUAUUUUCUAAAACAUGGAAGUAUAAAAGAAAUUUUCGUGAAGAUUCAUACUGGUAGCUGUUAUUUUUUAUUGAAUUUCUGACAUACACCUUAUCACAAAAGCAUUAUAGAAUAAUAAAGGUUACAUUAAGAUUGGUUUGUACAAUGUAUAUACAAAACCCUAUGCGCUCAGAACAUGAUUAAAAAGAAUGAAAAUUAUGUAUAUGUAACAGAUCAGUAUUGAUGUGUAAAAACAGGAGUAAUCUUUCAAAGUGUAAUAUAACAACACAAUGAGGUAGGAAGCCACUAAUUUGGCAUUAUCAAAUACAAUAUGGAAAGGGCGCUAUAUUCUUCUGAUUUCAAAAACUUUUCAUAAAUUGAGUGUUGACACUGCAUCUGAAAUUUGAAUGAAAUUCGAAUAGUUUUCAUUGUUUCUUGCUUUCUAUUGUGAGAACUUUAUUUUUGCAAUGAGGAAUAAUUCAGUUUGUGCUAUUUCUGCCUAUCCGUAAUCAAGUAUCAGAUUUCUCCAAAAGAUCAACUGUACAUUGUCCACUCAUCAUAUUAUUGUUUACAUAGUUACAAACUGUAUUGUGACAGUAGUCCCAUAUUUCAUUUUGAUCAGUUGUUCAUGGUUAGACAUUUUGUAGUGAUUAAAAAAGGGAUGGAUCUUUACCAAAGUAAACAAAACAAAACAAUGAAGGACUCUCCUAUGAGGAGUACUAGUGCUUUAGAGGCCCUUUGCACAUCGUGUUUGAAUGGCAGGAGUUAGAGGAGCAAGCAAGAGAGAGAAAGAGAGGAGGGAAUAGUUGCCAGGGAGAGAAUUAAACGCAAGUGUCUAAUUUGGGUUGGAGGUUGGUGUCAUCCCUGGGGAGACAUUGGAAAAAGUGUUCAAAGAUUGUAUUAUCCUAUUUAUUGUAUGUGUGAGUGUGUGUUAAUUCAGAGCCUGUUGUGAUCACUGACCCAUGGCAGCCAUCUGAAUGGUCUGAUAGCCUUGUGCACUCAACUCUACCUCUGUUUAGACAUGUUUUGUUGUUUCCUUUUCUCCCCCAUCUGUCCCAGACUAUAUAUAUAUAUAUAUAUAUAUAUAUAUAUAUAGAUCACCCUAUCUGUCUAUCUCAGUCCCUCUCUUGUUUGUCGCUCUUCAAUUUCUUUUUAUUUCAUUUUUAGGAUUUACAAAUUAAUCUUUCCAAUUUGUCUUUGUACUAUUGGUGGUUUCCUGUGUUAACAUAAAGAGAACUGCUGUAAACUGUA